AAAAAGACCAGCGGAUUGAUCUACACUGUAUUUUUGGGUAAAUACAAUCACGUGAGAGCUGGGAGCCAAUGACAAACUAGGAAAGGCUGAAAAAAUAAUUACCUGCCCUGAUUGUUCUAUGAGAAGAUAAAAAGUACACAUACAGUUCAUACAAUAAUCUUAUGAAUGUAAAAGAGGGGGGAACAAUGUCGGCUUCUGGUCCCAUAAGCAACUAUUAUGUAGAUUCCUUGAUUAGUCAUGAAAGCGAAGAACUGUUGGCAUCAAGGUUCCCAGCUACUGGCUCUCACCCUGCAGCAGCCAGACCUUCAGGAUUAGUACCGGAGUGUGCAGAUUUUCCAUCCUGCAGCUUUGCCCCCAAACCGGCCGUUUUUACUACUUCGUGGGCUCCCGUGCAUUCCCAGUCGUCCGUGGUCUACCACCCGUACACCCACCAGCCUCACAUUGGAGCUGACACCCGAUAUAUGCGCACUUGGCUGGAGCCUAUCUCCGGCGCGGUCUCUUUCCCAGGUUUUCCAACCAGCAGCCGGCACUACGGGCUUAAACCCGACGCCUUCCACGGCCGCAGGGACUGCGGACCGGUGGAUGGACGUAGUUAUCCGGAUUAUAUGUACGGAUCCCCGGGAGAUCUCAGGGACAGAACCCCGCAGACUAUUCCCUCCCCGGAAUCUGAGGCCAUCGCUUCCAACAAACACAAAGAAGAAAAGACCGAAUUGGACCCUAACAACCCAGUGGCAAACUGGAUUCAUGCACGUUCUACAAGAAAGAAAAGAUGUCCCUACACGAAGUAUCAAACGCUGGAAUUAGAAAAGGAGUUUUUGUUUAAUAUGUACCUAACACGGGACCGUCGUUAUGAAGUGGCGAGAGUUCUUAAUCUCACGGAGCGCCAAGUCAAAAUCUGGUUUCAGAACAGGCGAAUGAAAAUGAAGAAAAUGAACAAAGAGAAAACCGAUACUAAAGACCAGCAGCAGUGAAAUUGGCAGAGUCUCUCCAGUCAAUGGAGAAGUCGAGGCGCUGGCUCUUCCUUGGGGUUCGAAGUGUUUCUGACUUUUUUACCGUGUACUGAUGAGUGUUUAGAAUUAGUUAAACACAGCAACCGUUCUUGGACGCAAAAGACAUAAAGAGUGCUUUUCUUAAAAAAAACAACCCACAAAAAUUUUUAAAAAAAAUAAAAAUUGAGACUAAAAAUAAACAUUUUCUUUUCUUUUCAGAAAACAACAAAGUACUUGAAUUUAUUUUUAGUAUUUUAUUUCGUAAGUUAAAUUUAUCCAGUUUUUUUAUUAUUAUUAUUUCAUGUCGUCGUGGCUGCAUAUUUUGUACAAAAGGAAAGAAAAGACGGGGGAAAGGAAGAAGAAAGAAAAAGAGGGUUGAUCGCUCAAACAAUGUUUCUGUCAUCGUGUCGAACGUUUCUGGUGUACUUAUUUGUGUCUUCUAUGAUUGUCACAGAACCGUUCUGUAAUGCUGUUAUGUUUUGUUAAAGUAGAGCU